AUGACUACUCGACGCGUGGCUAGUGAGAAGCUUGGUAUCCCGAUUGAUGCUCCUCCACAGUUGGUGCGGUCAGCAUAUCGAAGAUUGGCCCUAAAGCUACAUCCCGAUAAGAACUUUACUUUAGAUGCUGCGCAUCAAUUCCAACAGAUAUUGGCAGCUCGAGAUAUCAUGCUAGAGGAGGGUGCUGUCACCCGUAUGGACCCAUCGCCAGGCUCUUUCACCAGUCGUGAACCUCAUCACAGGACAAACAACGCCAAGCAAUUAUCUCGUGAAGAGAAGGAGAGACUUGAUAGGUGCCGUGCACAGGGAUAA